CAUAGAAAACCUUUCAUAUGUCAACAUGUGAACGCAGCCGUGAGUCUUACCUCGCUACAGCAGAACAGAGAAUGCAGCAGCUCUCACAGGUUUUGUUUCCAUCUCCAAGGUUCGUGCUUUGGCAGAUAGAUACGGUCUGUCAGUUUACAUGGAUGGAGCCAGGGUGAUGAACGCCGCUGUGGCCCAGGGGGUGCCUCCAUCCACCAUACUGCAGCACACACACACCGUCAGUGUGUCCCUCUCCAAGGGUUUGGGUGCCCCCUUCGGAUCCGUGCUGGCUGGACCCAAAGACUUCAUAUCCCGGGCAGUGCGGUGCCGUAAAGCCCUGGGUGGGGAGGUGCGGCAGGGUGGUAUACUGGCGGCAGCGGGGAAACUGUCUUUGCUGGAGAUGGUCGGAAGACUGGAGGAGGAUCACCAUAAUGCAAAAACCUUUGCUCAAGCUUUGCUCGACUGUGACCCUCCUCUGUUCGCUGUAGACAUGGCCGCUGUGGAGACAAAUGUUGUGUGUUUCCGUCUACAGGAGCCCAGUUUAAGCACAUCUGAGUUCUGUGCCCGCAUGGGUGAGGUUGGCGAGGGAGAGGAGGCAGCACUGGGACAGAGGAUAAAAGUUCUCAUGUACCCCUACUUUGGAAAUUUAAUACGGGCUGUUUGGCAUCUUGGGAUUUCCCCCAAAGACACCCAGCUGGCCAUCCAGAAAAUGAGAUUUGUAGCUUCUCAGUUCUUGAAGAAAUUAUGCCGUCAGUAAAAGAUCUGCUGAACCAAACAAUGCUGCAGCUAUGAACUCUAUUACUACCUGCAUUUGGCAAUAAAUAAUUGGAUGCACAAUCAUUUCUUAAAGUUAAACGAGGACAAAACUGAAAUUGUACUAGUCGGCCCUAAAACAAAAAGAGAACUGCUGUUUAAUAAUUUGGGGAAUUUAAUUCCCUGAAUUUCAUGUAAUGUCACAAACUUUGGUGUGAUCCUACAUUCAGAUCUAAGCUUAUGCAUUGUAUUUUUAUAUCAUUUCAUCCAGUAUUGUUCUCACUGUACAUGCUGCCACUUGGUGACAUCAUUAGAGAACAUAAUGUUUGUAUCCAUAGUUACGCAGAUGACACAUAACUGUACAUCUCUGCUGAACUGAACGAUGCUGCAGCUAUAAACUCCAUUACUACCUGUCUUUUGGCAAUAAAUCAAUGGAUGAGCAAUGAUCUCUUAAAGUUAAAUGAAGACAAAACUGAAAUCCUGCUUGUCUGCCCUAAAACAAAAAGAGAAAUGCUGUUUAAUAAGGUACGACCAUUUCUAAGUGAAAAAGAUGCAGAGAAAUUAAUUUAGGCUUUUAUUUCAAGCCGACACAACUACUGUAACACACUUUUAACAGGCCUCCAAAAAAACAACACUGAGAGACUUCAGCUCAUUCAAAACUCUGCAGCUCUGCUGUUAACCACAACCGAAAGGAAAGAGCACAUCAGGUCGUCUGAGCUGCUCUGCAUUGACUUCCUGUUACAUUUAGAAUUCAUUUUAAGCGCCUCCUCCUCGUAUACAAAGACCUACCUCCUUGGCACUUGUCGACUGCUGCACUUCUUUUAAAAAAGUUGCAUUUUACUUGAUUUUCUUUUCACUCACUGCAUGUGAUUUCCUUCUUAUAGAACAUUGGACUUAAUUUCUUGUAUGAGCGAUGCUUUAAAAAUAUCUAUAUUGUUAUUAUUUUAUUAUUAUAACCAUUAUUAUUAAAAUAUGACAUAUUCUGAUUGAAGAUAAUUGUUGAAAAUUUAAAGAAUUGGGUCUGAGAAUAUUAGGGCUAUUUUAAUAGUGCAAGAUGAUCAGUGUCUGUUAAGAUGUGCUUUAAUGAAAGCCAUUUUCUGUGAAAGUGCACUAAUGCUUCAAAUGACUAAAGAAAAUGAAUCACCAACUGUUUGGAUCAUCAAAUAAUCAUUAUUAGUUUGUCAUUGAUUGUUGUCUUAUUGAUGUAUUUAUUGUGUAGAUACAACUAUGCGUGGAGAUGUAUCAGUGUUGGUACAUACAGCGGGUAGAAGAUUGUUUUGGUUAAGAAAAAUGUCAAUAUUUUGCACACAGAGGUGUAUAAAAAAGAGACAGAUAGGAACACUUUUCUCCACUACAGCAGUUAUCAUCCACCCUCGCUUAAGAGGAGUUUGCCAUACACCCAAAUUCUAAGGUAUAAACGUAUUUGUGAUUCAGAUGAAAUCUUUGAGUCACAAGCCAAGGAGCUCUGUAAUAAUUUUGUCUCUGAGGUUAUAACAACACUCUGGUUGAAAACACCAUGGAUAAAGUUCGUCAGAUCCAGAGGAAUGUUUUGUUUGAGCCGAAAGAAAAAGUUCUUUCUAACUCAGUUUCAAUGGUGUGCACAUAUAGCCCUAUUUCCAGUGCACUCAAAAAGGUUGUAAAUAAUUAUUGGUAUAUUCUGAACACAGAUCCCGAAAUUGGAAGAGCUUUUCAAGAGCCACCAAGAUUCUUCUUUAAAAGGCAGCCCAAUUUGAGCAACUAUUUGGUGAGAUCCGUUUUACCAAAAAAACCUUCUCAUCAUUUUUUGUCCAGUGUGCCUAAUGGGAUCAGAGAAAAUUAUUUCUCACAUCCUAAAACUGGUAAGAUUGUGAAAGUCAAAGGUAGAAUAACAUGCAACACUAAAUUUGUUGUAUAUUUAUUGAAGUGUCCUUGCAAUCUGUACUAUCUGUACUGUACUAUCUGUACUACGGGAACUAAAAACUAGAAUCUGUGAACAUAAAUGUUCCAUCCGCAAUCAUGAUUCUAAAUCAGCAGUAGCCAGACAUUUUAAUAGCUACUACCAUACCACAGCUGAUCUCAGAUAUAUGGGCAUUGAGGCAGUUAAGAUUCCACCUAGAGGUGGAGAUCAGGAUAAAAUCCUUUUGCAAAAGGAAUGUUUCUGGAUUCAUUUCCUUGACACUUUAGAGCCAAAGGGACUGAAUGAGGAGUUGGUGCUAACUUGUUUUUUGUAAAAAUGUUUUUGACUAACAGGCCUACAGGUUAACAAGAAAACUCUAUUAAAACAAUUAGACAUUUGCUUGUUCAUUUUUUGUUAAUUUUUUUUAAAAAACUUUAAAAAUGUUAAAAGCUUGGAAUUCUUAGAAAUUGAUAUGCAUUUCAUUGUUGAAUAACUGUUUAAAAAAUAUCACUAUUGUGGUUACUUAAUUGUUUGUGUUGAUAGAAGAAGGGUUAGCCUACAUUGUUGGGUCCCUUUUUUUCUUUUUUUUUCUUCUCUUGCCAUUACCUGCAGCUGCUGUGUCAGCCUGAUUAUUGAUAUGUGACACCUGUGUGUGAUGCAUUCACUUUGUUGCUUGUGUACGCUGAGGAAGGGUUUCACCCGAAACGUUCGUGUGGCAAUAAACAUUAUAAUUGGA